AUGCCCCCAAAGAGAGCGCGAAAGAGCUCACCCGCCGCCGAACGACGCGAGCGCCUGACAUUGGCUAAAUUGGCCAGCUAUGACGAUGUCGCAACCGAUGCGCUGGUGGAUCACGCUUAUUUUUGGACCACCACCCGCAAGAACCGCACCAAGUACAGCCCUGCCCGCGGAAUCCACGAUGAUGACAUUGGGCGCAUUCUUCUCCACGACGUGAUUGUCGAUAAGGAUAUCCCAACAGCUGAACGCAAGCUGCUGGAAAUACCAGGUUUAAAGAAAUACAUGGCAAACCUCCGUAGCCCUCGAGAGAAGGAGUGGUUCCGCCGACAUCUCCGCAAGUACAUUCAAAUGUAUCUCCCAGACUGUCCGUUUGAGGUCAUCACGACCAAUCGAUACAUCAUAACGCAACAUGAGGCUGCAAUAUGCGCCCGCAGAUUUAUUAAAAAGGGCGAGGAGAUCAAACACCUGAGUGGAACGCUCGUGUCUAUGACCCAUGAAGAAGAGUUGGAUCUCGGCUUGACCCGCAAAGACUUCAGUAUCGUGAUGUCAAGUCGCCGCAAAACCCCGUCAUUUUUUUUGGGCCCUGCUCGUUUUGCCAAUCAUGACUGUGAUGCCAACGGCAGCUUGACAACCAGGGGUAACGAGGGCAUGUCUGUCCUCGCAAUGCGUGACAUCCACGAGGGAGAAGAGAUUACUGUUUCUUACGGCGAGGAUUACUUUGGCGUUGACAACUGCGAGUGUCUGUGUCAUACCUGCGAGGGUGCUGUACGGAAUGGUUGGUCUCCGCAUGUUGACACGGAGCCGAAUAGCAAAGAGUCCAGCCCCGCUUCUGAAGCUACACCGAUUGAAGAUGGUAGCGUGAGCAGGAAGCGUAGACACAGCCCAGACGUGGAUGAAUCCGAAAGCCCCUCUACUACAACUUGCUCCACUCCGCGCAAACGUGCAAAGUUCCAACGACAAGUUUCGAAGUUACGAGAGGAGAUCUCGGUUUCUGAACUUGCCGGGGAAUCAGCUCCAACGCGCGGCUCAGACAAUACCCCUAUUCAGGAUACUUUACUGAUACCAACUGCUCUUCUGACGAAGACUGUACCCCAGGUAUCUGAGUUGAAGAGAGAUAUCACAGAGCUAACCGCAGUGGCAUCGCCAACCGAUUCUCCAGCCUCCCUUCCAACUGCCACAGGGGCGGGUCAACUAGGCGUGAUUACCCAAGGCGAUUCAAAUGGGACAAAUGGCACUAAUUCUACUAUCCCCACGGACUGCGAAUCUCCAAACUCCACUGCUGAUGGAUCUCACCGGUCGUCGACCUCAACUACCCCCACAACUGAGGACGAAAUGGGAAUCAAGAUCAAGACAGAAGAUAACACACUGGAGUCGUCUGAGUCGAAACCACUCAACUGCGAGGAUCACCCUGAUCUGCUUGCUGAAGGUCAGCUCGUCACCACCCACUCCAUGGACAUUAACCCCGAAGAUGGAUUGUCAGGCUUAUCAAAUUCCACUAAACUAGACGACACCCUCGCCGUUGUGGAUAAGCCCAAGAAGCGAAAGCCUCGUACCAAGCGGCGAUUCAUCGUAGACUCCGUCGAGACAGAGUCGCAAGUUGCCCGAGUCCCUGGAGAUUAUACCAAGACAUCCCGAUUGCUUGCCCAGAAGUAUGACCGAUGGGUGGAGUGUCAGACCUGUGAUACAUGGUUCCUCCAGUCAAACUCAUACCUCACGCGACGUGAAUGCCCGCGCUGUGAACGUCAUUCCAAGCUGUAUGGAUACCAGUGGCCAUCAACGGACAAAGGCCCAGAUGGUGAAGACCGAGUAAUGGAUCACCGCACCAUCCACCGGUUCUUGUCCCCCGAUGCACAAUCACGUAUCUGUCGCCGAGAUCGCGGCGUGAGUUUUGGAAUCACCCCAACCCCCGAGCUGUCCGACACAAACACCCCAGAAAGUGAUGCAACUGAGUCUCGCCGUGAUGCCAGGGCAAGCCGGCGUCGCACUAGAGAACUUCGUAUGACUAUGUAA